AGAGAUUGGCGCUGAACUAUCCGGGCAUCUUAGUCCUUCUUCCUUUCGCGCCGGUAGCUGGAGAACCGCGCGUCCAUGUGCGCAUUGCCUGGGAUUUCAUAGAUCGUAUAAGCUACUGAAUCCGAUCCACAGCACAGCCUUUAAUAUGGAUCCUAACUCCCUGAUUGAGGCCCUACGGGGCACUAUGGACCCCAACCUCCGUGAAGCAGCGGAGAGGCAGCUGAAUGAGGGUCACUCGCAGAUGAACUUUGUGUCCACACUCCUCCAGGUCACUAUGUCCGAUCAGCUGGACCUCCCUGUCAGACAAGCAGGUGUAAUCUACCUGAAGAACAUGGUGACUCAGUACUGGAGUGAGGGUGAGAACACUGAGACACCUGUCUGCACCAUCCCUGAGGAGGACCGGCAGUUCAUCAGAGACAACAUCAUAGAGGCCAUCAUCCACUCCCCAGAGAGGAUACGGGUCCAGCUCACCACCUGCAUCCACCACAUGAUCAAGCAGGACUACCCUGGGAAGUGGACCGCAAUCGUGGACAAGAUCGCUUUCUACCUGCAGUCCGACAACAGCAGCGCCUGGCUCGGGAUCCUGCUCUGUCUCUACCAGCUGGUCAAGAACUACGAGUAUAAGAAGCCGGAGGAGCGGCAGCCCCUGGUGGCGGCGAUGCAGAUCUUCAUGCCGAUGCUGAGGGAGCGUUUCAUCCAGCUGCUCCCAGAUGCCUCCAGCGACUCUGUCCUCAUCCAGAAACAGAUCUUCAAGAUCCUCUACGCCCUCUUCCAGUAUAACUUGCCUCUGGAGCUCAUUAAUAGACAGACUCUGACCGAUUGGAUGGAGAUUCUGAAGACGGUGGUGGACAGAGACGUUCCUCCAGAGACGCUCCAGGUUGACGAGGAGGAGAGGCAGGAGCUGCCCUGGUGGAAGUGUAAGAAGUGGGCUCUGCACAUCCUGGCCCGCCUGUUUGAGAGGUACGGUAGCCCUGGAAACACCACCAAAGAGUAUGCUGAGUUUGCAGAGCUCUUCCUGAAGGGCUACGCAGUAGCCGCACAGCAGGUCCUGUUGAAGGUGCUGUACCAGUAUAAAGAGCAGCACUAUGUGGCUCCACGUGUUCUGCAACAGACACUCAACUACAUCAACCAGGGCAUUGCUCACGCUGUUACCUGGAAAAACCUCAAGCCUCACAUCCAGGGCAUCAUCCAGGACGUGGUGUUCCCCCUCAUGUGCUACACAGACAGCGACGAGGAGCUCUGGCAGGAGGACCCCUACGAGUACAUCCGCAUGAAGUUUGAUGUGUUUGAGGACUUCAUCUCCCCCACUACAGCAGCACAGACACUGCUCUUCACCGCCUGCAACAAGAGGAAGGAGGUGCUUCAGAAGACGAUGGGCUUCUGUUAUCAGAUCCUGACUGAUCCCGCCUCAGACCCCCGCAAGAAGGAUGGAGCUCUACACAUGAUCGGCUCUCUGGCCGAGAUCCUCCUCAAGAAAAAGGUCUAUAAGGACCAGAUGGAGUUCAUGUUGCAGAACCACGUCUUCCCCCUAUUCCGCAGCGAGCUGGGCUACAUGAGAGCCAGGGCGUGCUGGGUCCUGCACUACUUCUGUGAGGUGAAGUUUAAGAGUGACCAGAACCUGCAGACGGCCCUGGAGCUCACGCGACUCUGCCUCAUCAACGACAACCAGAUGCCCGUCAAGGUGGAGGCCGCCAUUGCCCUGCAGGUCCUCAUCAGCAACCAGGAGAAAGCUAAGGAGUACAUCACGCCAUUCAUCCGGCCCGUGAUGCAGGCACUGCUGCACAUCGUCCGGGAGACGGAGACCGAUGACCUCACCAGCGUCAUCCAGAAGAUGAUCUGCGAGUACAGCGAGGAGGUGACCCCUAUCGCCGUGGAGAUGACCCAGCACCUGGCCAUGACCUUUAACCAGGUCAUCCAAACGGGCCCAGACGAGGAGGGAGGCGACGACAAGGCCGUCACAGCCAUGGGCAUCCUCAACACCAUCGACACCCUGCUGAGUGUGGUGGAGGACCACAAGGAGAUCACACAGCAGCUGGAAGGCAUCUGUCUUCAGGUGAUUGGAACAGUCCUGCAACAGCACGUUCUAGAGUUCUACGAGGAGAUCCUCUCCCUGGCGCAUUCUCUCACCUGCCAGCAGGUGUCGCCACAGAUGUGGCAGCUCCUCCCACUCGUCUUCGAGGUCUUCCAGCAGGACGGCUUCGACUACUUCACAGACAUGAUGCCUCUGCUCCAUAACUACGUUACCGUGGAUACGGACACCCUGCUAUCAGACACCAAAUACCUGGAGAUCAUCUACAGCAUGUGCAAGAAGAUUCUGACGGGUGAGGCUGGUGAAGACCCAGAAUGCCAUGCUGUCAAGCUGCUGGAGGUCAUCAUCCUGCAGUGCAAAGGGCGCGGCAUCGACCAGGUGGUCCCGCUGUUCGUGGCGUCUGCUCUGGAGCGUCUGACGCGGGAGGUGAAGACUAGUGAGCUGCGCACCAUGUGUCUGCAGGUUGCCAUAGCAGCGCUCUACUAUUCCCCGCCCCUCCUGCUCAACACGCUGGAGAAUCUCCGCCUCCCCAACACCACCCAGCCAAUCACAAACCACUUCAUCACCCAGUGGCUCAAGGACGUCGACUGCUUCCUGGGGCUCCACGACCGUAAGAUGUGUGUGUUGGGGCUUUGUGCGCUGAUGGAUCUGGAGCAGCGUCCCCAGGCGGUCAGUCAGGCGGUCAACAACUACGUGGACAAGUACCAGAUCUUCAAAGCCAUCUUACAGAAUCUGCAGACGCGUGACCCUGCGUGGUACCAGGCCUUGACUCAGACGCUGGACGAGGAGCAGACCAAAACCCUGCAGGACGUCAUCACACUGGCUGACCAGAGACGCGCCGCACACGAGUCGCGGAUGAUCGAGAAGCACGGCGGCUACAAGUUCAACGUCCCCGUGGUGCCCCCCACCUUCAACUUCGGCGGGACGGCUCCUGGGAUGAACUGACCCGCCCCCCGCCCCCCACCCCCUAACUCUGUGACUGAUUGUAGUGAAGUGAAAAGCUUGUGUUGUUCCCGAUCUGGUUCGGCUCACUCUUCAAUCGGACUGUCAAAUUGGCCAAAAGCCCCAGAAGAUGUAGGAGCACAACCAAACCAAACGCAACCAACGCCUGGGAGGGACUAUGGGCCGGACACACACACACACACACACACACACACACACACACACACACACACACACACACAUCCCCACACACUCAGACACUCCGAGACUCAACGCUCUGGACAACACUUACCCCGUGGGAGCCAGCCUUCUGGUCACCAAGCCGACAGCUCUUAGGUCUUCCCACUCCCACUCAUGGGACUAAACAGGAAACAGGAAAUGGACACCUCCCCCACCCCCCCCCUGCCGACUGGCACGUUAGUUUUUUUCUACAUCGCCCCCUGUCUCAUAUCUGGUGUAAAUAGCAGCUGGGGGGUUGUCACGGCGACGUGAGGAGCCGGAUUGGUGUACACGACUGACUAGCACUUUCAUACGUUCAGGUCUCUUGCACUCCCACGCAGCCCGCAGCAGGUUUUUAACCCAUCCAUCUGAUUGAUUGGCGCGAUUGAAAGGCACAUUAGCUGAGGCCGAGUCCGGCCGAGACCUGGUCAGUGCCGCCAGGACACGUGCAGGGUUCCACACACACGGCUGAGGUUCUGCGGAGAGCCCGACAGUGCUGGGUUCCACACACACGGCUGAGGUUCUGCGGAGAGCCGACAGUGCUGGGGGCUGCAGCUCAUGGGUUCUUCAUUGAAGCAUGUACUGUUGGACUUGAUCGUGAAGCUCUCAAGCUUUUGGUUGAUGUAUGGAUGAACCAUCUAUAUAUACAACAUAUUAAAACAUUACGCUGGA